AUGCGCGUGUACGGUACUGGCAAUACCGGUCACAAGGGCCCCAUGUCCCAGUUACGCGCCCACUCCGAACGUCAGUUUAAAGGUGAGAAGAAGGCCCUGGCGUCGGCGUAUCCAUGGAUAGGCGGCACAGUCCGUGGCCACGCUCUGGCCUAUAUUCUACGCAUACCCAUUCAUAUUGACGCUGGGUCGAGUGGCCAACGAGAUUCCCCAGACCUACUUCCCCUGAGACUUCUGAUACCCUCCUAUGAACGCCAUAGUACGCCGGCAUUACGGAGCAGAGCCAUAUUUGAGAUGAAUAUCGAGGACUUUGAAACAAGCCCACAGGCUCCUCUUGACGGGGGUGACAAGGCAACACCAUCGAACUCUCCCGGGAAAAAGGCCAAAGGGUCUGGAAGCGAUUUUCCAUCCAUCCCCCGUGGAUCUUUCAGCACCUCUGCCUCCAAGUCCCCUUCGCAGCAUGGGAAGAACCAGCAGCAGUAA